AACGGCGUGCAAAACCGACUCCAACGCUGCUAGUGCCCGCUGCAAGUUGCCACCACUGCUUCUCUACUGUCUAUUCUUCUUCUUUGUGGAUCUCUGUUCUUCAAAACUACUAAUUUCCGAAACAUUUUUUCGUAUCAUACUACUAUACCAGAACAAAAGACAACCGGAAGUGGCAGGGAUGAAGGACGCGGAACACCUCGAUGACAUGAACAACUUGGCUGAAACUAAGUCAGACACGGAAAACCCUAGUUCUUCCGAUUCCGAGUCGUCCGACGAUGACGCCGAAGAUCUCCAACUGGAAACCCUAGAGAAGGAACUCGCGGAGAACCCUUCGAGUUACGACACCCACGUUCAAUACAUAAGGACUCUGAGGAAACUCGGCCUCAUUGAGAACCUACGUGAAGCGAGGGAGUCGAUGAAUAUUUUGUUCCCUUUGAGCCCUGCAAUGUGGCGGGAAUGGGCGAAGGACGAAGCUUCGCUAAACACCGGACCUGAGGCCUUUGCUGUAAUUGAAAAACUUUAUGAGCGAGGAGUGCAUGAAUAUCUGUCUGUAUCUCUUUGGUGCGACUAUGUAAAUUUUGUUCAAGAACAUGAUCCAUCAGUACGGGAAUGUUCAUCAGAUGGCAUCAAGAAGAUGAGGGACUUAUUUGAGCGUGCUCUUACUGCUGGUGGAUUGCAUCUUGUUGAAGGCAAUAAAAUCUGGGAAGCAUACAGAGAAUUUGAACUAAAUAUAUUUCAUACUAUUGAUGAUAACAACAAUGAGGGAAAAGAAAAGCAAAUUCAAUGCAUUCGAAGCAUAUUCCAUCGUCAGUUAUCUGUACCACUUGAUGACCUAAGAUCAACCCUUCUUGCUUACAAAGCUUGGGAGGUCAAACAUGGGAAUCUUCAUGAAAGCAACUGUUCUGACUUGGAUGGAAUCCCCAGUCAUGUUACCUCAGCAUACCAGAAGGCCAUGGAAAUGUAUAAUGCUCGUAUACCUUAUGAGCAACAGAUAUCUAAGCAGGAUGCAUUUGACACAGAGAAGCUUCAACACUUCACGACCUACCUGAAGUUUGAACAGUCCUGUGGUGAUCCAGCUCGCAUUCAACUUCUAUACGAACGCGCUGUUGCAGUAUUUCCUAUAUCAAGUGACCUUUGGAUUGAAUAUACUCAGUAUUUAGAUCACACCCUGAAGAUUCCAAAUGUUGCAAAGUGUGUUUAUUCCAGGGCCACAAGAAAUUGUACCUGGAUCGGGGAACUUUGGGUUCGAUAUUUGCUUUCCUUGGAACGUGCUCAUGCCUCUGAGGAGGAGUUGUCUACCGUUUUUGAGCAAUCACUACAAUGUUCUUUCUCAAGCAUUGACGAGUAUCUGGAUUUAUUCCUCACUCGAGUGGAUGGUUUACGGCGAAGAAUUUCUCCCACUAAUGCGGAAGAUGGCCUUGAUUGCACAGUGUUCAGGGACACAUUUCAGCGUGCCAAAGAAUACAUCUCUCCACACCUAAAGAGUACUGAUGAUUUAUUGCAUCUGCAUGCUUAUUGGGCUCAUUUAGAGUUAAAUCUUGCUAAGGAUCUGGUUGCAGCUCGUGGAGUUUGGGAGAGCCUUCUGAAGACCAGUGGUUCAAUGUUGGAAGCCUGGCAAAGCUAUAUCAGAAUGGAAAUUGAAGCAGGUCAUAUAAAAGAUGCUAGGUCUAUCUAUAAGAGAUGCUACAGUAAAAGAUUUAGUGGGACUGGUUCAGAGGACAUAUGUCAUUCUUGGUUGCGUUUUGAGAGGAAGUUUGGCUCAUUGGAAGAUUUUGACUUUGCUGUAAGGAAGGUGACUCCACGCCUGGAAGAGCUUCGAUUAUUUAGAGCACAACAGGAAUCCAAGAAUGUUUCUAUUACAACUGCGAAAGAGAUUCCUGCAGAUGUUGUUUCCCAAAAAAGGAAAUCAGGUAGAAGAUUAACGGAUGAACAACCUCAACUGAAGCGGCAGAAAUAUGCAGCAUAUCACUCAGAGGGAGCAUUGGUGAAAGAUACAACAAAGAAGUCAACAGAAGAAGAUGAUGCGAAACCUAUUGAUGGCAAGACCAACAAACUUGAACCCACAGAUGAGCAAAGGAUCAAUGGUUCUACAUCAAAGAAAACAAAGUACACAGAUCAGUGCACUGUGUUUGUUUCAAAUCUCAGCUUUGAGGCCAAGGAGGAACACCUACGUGAUUUUUUCAGUGAUGUUGGUGGAGUUACCGCUAUUCGUAUACUGAGAAACAAGUUCAAUGGAAAAUCAAGGGGACUGGCAUAUGUCGAUUUCUCCGAUGAAAUACAUCUUGUGGCAGCUGUAUCAAAGAACAAAAAGCAAUUGCUAGGAAAGAAAUUGAAUAUUGUACGGUCAGAUCCAAAACAGAGCCAAAAACAAGAUUCCUCUAGAAGCAACACCAUUACAGAGCAUGGUAAAAGAACAACUGCUGGGGAAGAUGCUCCAGACGAAAAGCAUGAUAUAGAAGGAUCUGUUGAAGCCGAUAAAGAGUCUGUUGCACCUCAUGUGCCAUCCUCACAUUCUCAUAGGCGUGGAGAGACUGUCUAUCCCAGGGGUAAGAGCACAUCCACUAUGGUGCCAAGAGCUGUUGUCCGACCCCUUGGGUGGGGCAAGAAUGAACCAAGGAGUGAAGGAGAUGAGAAACCAAAAUCAAAUGAUGAAUUCAGGGAAAUGUUCCUCAAAACUGAGUGAUAAUUCAGGAAAUAUCCAGUCUGAGUGUCCUAUUUUUUGUUGAGUGGAUAUUCAAUUAUUCAGUUGUAAUCUAUAAAAAGAUACAUGGGCUCCAGGCAAAGUCCAGAUAUGCUGAUUACCUACGAGUUGGUUUCUUUGCUGGAUCUGGGUAGAGGUUCAAAGUAUCAGCAUAUCAGUGCCAAUGAUCGAAUGGGCUCGCCAAAGAGCGCGUCCCAUAGUUGUUACGUGCUUUAUCAGCACAUGAUGGACAAUUUCAUUUUAUUGUUCAUAAUCAUUCAUGGGUGCUCUCUUUGCGAACUACAGUCCAUGUCUAAUGGUGUAAAGGACAUUUGCAUGCAGAACAUCACAAUCAGCAUGAUAAAUAUUAGCUCCAUGCUCGA